AGUUCGACAAUGAUUUGGACAUGGACAUCAUCGAUGCUGAAAAACGGAAGUCUACAUUUGCUGCAAAUAUCGAAAGUAAUUAUAUUCUGGACUGGCUGAACGGAACUAGUUCAUACAUUCGAGCGCUUCGAGCUAUGGCAUAUAUGUUCCGGUUUUACUAUAUUGCCAAAAAGGAACACCCUGUCGAAAGUUCGCCGCUAUGCCCGGAAGAACUUCGCCACGCGUUGCACUGCAUCAUCAGGAUCAUCCAACAGCACUAUUUUAACCCCUUCAUAGAUGACUCUUCUGGAUACGAGCUCAUUAAGGUUGGCGGCAGACUCGAGCAUGCUGAUAUCCCCUCUCGUCAAAGGAAUCCUUUACUUGUUCCCAAGGAAUCGCAAGUUGUCCACAAUUAUGUUCGGCAUCUUCACUUGCGCUAUUACCAUGCAGGACCAAAGGCAUUAGUUGGACUGCUGCGGCUUCAAUUCUGGGUCAUAAACGCAAGAGCUUUAGCACGCAGCAUUGUUCGUUCUUGUGUACACUGUGUCAGAUAUCGUCCAGUUCUAUUUCGUCAAGUCAUGGAUUCCCUGCCACCUGAGCGCUUAUCCACAGACAAGCCAUUUCGCCACGUUGGAGUCGACUCCUGCGGUCCAGUGAACACCUAUCUUCGAAUACGUGGCAAGGGUCCCACAAAAUCCUAUAUCGCCAAAUAUGUCUGCAUGUCCGUAAAGGCCGUUCACAUUGAAAUCGUGUCAGAUCUUUCAACGAAUAAAUUUUUGGAAUCGUUAAAACGAAUGGUUGCCCGUCGUGGACCAGUAUCGCACAUCUAUUGUGACAACGCCACAAAUUUUGUCGGAGCAUCCAACAAGCUACUCGAGUUAAAGAAGUUCAUGUUCAACACUAGCACUCAAGAUGCUAUCCUAUCAUAUUGUUCCUCUGAAGAGAUAACCUUUCAUAUCAUUCCACCUAGGGCUCCACACUUUGGCGGUCUUUGGGAGGCCGCUGUCAAGAGCGCAAAGAGUCUGCUGGUGCGUACCCUCGCUAACACCCGGUUCACCUUUGAGGAACUGAACACCGCAGUCGUUAAGAUGGAGUCAGUACUCAACUCUCGCCCGCUGUCACCGCUAUCAUCUGAUCCCAACGACUUCAGCGCUCUCACUGCAGGACACUUUCUAAAUGGAGAGGCACCGCGCGCUUUGCCCGAGCGUGAGAUUAUCACCAACAACAUCUCCAACUUGGAUCGUUACGAGCAUAUCACAGCUGUUAAACAGCAAUUCUGGCGUCGUUGGUCUGCGGAGUGUGUGAACGAGCUUCGUGCCAGGACAAAAUGGACUUCCGCUUCCCCAAAUCUUACAGUUGACUCUAUAGUCAUCAUACAUGCAGACAACACACCGCCAUUACACUGGAAAUCAGGGCGUGUUGAGUCUGUUGUGAGUGGCAAAGAUGACCGGGUUCGUGUCGCAUAUAUUCGCACUGCCUCUGGACUCUGUUGCCGGCCAGUACAUAAGCUGGCUGUUCUACCUGUCUCUUGAAAGAUAAUUCUUACAAGGCGGACGGGAUGUUCGGUCAUAUAUCUCAUAUAUACAUUAGUCAGGGUAUCAAUAGCAAUGUCAAAGCAGAUUAUGUUAAGAUUAUGCUAAUUCUCUUCUAUUUGAAUGCCAUAAGCAGUCAUACACAUGUACGAAGCCUCGCUCUCUUUCGAACUCUAUAAUUGCUCGGUCCCUUAAAUCUUAAUUUAUGUUAAGAAAUCAGUUCUGUAAGCAAUUUUAUAGAAGUCAGUCGUGUUGCUCAUCAAUUUGUAAAGCCUUUAUUAAAACUUCAUAUCAUCCA